AUGAAACUCCGAUGGAUUAUGUACUUUGCUAUACUACAUGCAGAACAUUCAAAUAUUUAUGGACUAAAGUCAUAUUGCAGCAACGGAAUACUGGACACUUGUGAUGGCAGCAAAGUUUCAGGAGACAAUAUUUGUAUUGAUUUUGGAGAAAUAAGAUUCCAAUGCAGCUGUUCAAUUUCGCUGAACUACGGUGGACAGACCUUUUAUGAUUUGGCCAGUAACCCGGGCUAUAAAAGUUGUGGGACAGCAGUAGAAGUUCUAGAUAGUAAUAAUUUGAAGUACAGACUACCGUGCUCGAGCAAUCCCGAUGUUCUGGUCCUAACUAACCGUUCUAGUUUUGUGAAAUUAAUCAAAGAGGGUAUCGAUGGGCCCACAGAUUACUACCUACGAGUGUUUACAAACGAUAUCUCAAGAAUAAUCAACGGAUCAUGUGGACUUUCAAAAUCUACAAGUGCAGAUACAAGAUUACUACAAACAUCGACACUAGGUCGAGAUCAAUCAACAGAUGGUAUAGUUGACAAAUCUACAACUACGCUCGGCAUUCAGACAGUGGAUAAUCUUACUACUGAAUACUUUAUAUUUACUUCAGAUGUCAAUGCAAAAGGUUCUACUGGAAAAGGCUUGCUUAUUGGAUUAGUAACAGGUGGAAUAUUGGUCUCUGUAUCAACAGGAGUGAAUAUAUGUCUUGUAAUAUACAUCGUAAGAUUUCGAAAACGAAAAUCGACCACUAAAAAUGAGGAAAAUGAAGAAGAAAACCCAGAACCAGUAGUCACUCUUACACCCUCCCAGAGUCGUCCUACUUCAGCCUACACUACACUCAAUCCUGGUGAGGCCAAUGACCCUAGAGACCCCCGUUAUACAGUACCUGUACAUAAUCGUCCUGCCUCAGGCUACACUACACUCAAUCCUGAUGAGACUUAUGACCCUGUAGAACAGCAAUAUACAGGACUAAACCUCAAGAUAAUGCCUAAAGUAACAGAAAUAAAAUGUUCUACACGACCAAAUUCCACCUACACCGCAUUGAAUCCAGAACAGGAGCUUGCCAAUGCAGAAAACGUAUAUUCGGGAUUAAAUAAUAUAUAGAAAAAAAAUCACGAAGUUAAUCUUCAAUGCCUGUCAGUUGCAUUUGACUCCCCUCUUACUCGACACUCAACCUAUUCAAGUUAAAAGACUAUCUAACUUUUUGAAUCAUCUACAUAAUUUAAUUAAAGUUAAGUAGAGGUCUUCAAAAAAAAACUAAUUCGUAAGAAAUAAACAAUAGAAAAAUUAAAAUUUAGUUACGUGAUUAAUUUCUUUGUCUUUGCUUUAUACUGAUGAACUAAUUUAUA